GCCUAAUCUGUUUACGAGCAACUGUCUACGGCCUCAUAACAGCCGACUGCAUUCCAACCGCUGCCGCGGACGACCUGAUCCUACAAGCCCUCUGCGCAGUGCUGCCGCUCGUUUUUGCAUCGUCGCAGCCAACUGUUACGCAGGACUUUGCUGUCCGUCGCCGCGUGGUACGACCAAGGAGGCGGCAAAUUGCGAGAGCCAUUAUCAGGAGGCAUCGUGAAACGUCGGACCGCCAAACCGACAGCCACCUUGUUUUCCUCAUCAACAAUCAAGCGACCAGCCGAUCCCCGCCUGCCUCUUUCCUCACUUCAACAAACAACAUCUAUCGAAGACCGGCGAUAGAUUCUUAGCGACGAAAUGGCGGAUACUCGCGACAUGGCGGCGCCAUCGCCACAGCCCGACCUGGCGAGAAACCGGCUGCCGACGCUCUUCGAGGUGCUCAGCCGCCGCACACUUCCUCCUGUCGACCUGUUUUCGUUCUAUAUCUACAUGCGAGACCAGCAGCGGUCGGUAGACUACCUGGAUUUCUGGCUGGACGUAGCACAACACAUGUCUUUGUGUCGUCAUUAUGUGCGCGAACUUCGACGUUCUGUUCUCGUCGCUACGCCCGACAUGGAGAAGAACGGCUCCAAGCGGUCGUCCAUGAUCCUCGAGCAGAUGGGCGACCUGGAGCCCCGUGCCGCCGGUCCGUCAAUGUUCUCCACGGAAAAGGAGCGAAGCCAAGAUGCACAAAUGUCGGCGUUCCUGCGAGAGGAUCAGAGCCACGAUUCGCCCCAGAGCGGCUCCGGCCCCAUACGGCCGAGCCCAAAGUUCAGUUCUCCUCGCGACGUGACCGACUCAAACUCGCCCUCUCACACCGUGAAUCGGCAGGAUAUCAGAGCUUCGGCGGAGAAGAUUCUGUACACUUUCCUCCUUCCCGGAGCCGAGCGAGAGAUCACGCUCCCAGGGUCUAUCACGCAGGACGUGACCACCGCGAUCGAGGAGCAGGGUCGUGACGACCCAGAAGUAUUCGAUGUCGCCAAAGACUACGUCUUCCAGGCCAUCGAGCGUGACGCCUUCCCAGGUUUUCUGCGCAUGAAGGCAUUGGGCAACUUGAUUCCACCGACGCUAGUCAUGCGACUGAUCGUCGGAUUGGUUUCCAUGUUUGGUGCUUUCUGGGCCGCCUUUAUACUCAUUUUUCUCGACAAGUCCCGCUCUACGAAAUGCUGGCUCAUCCUCCCGUUCUCCGUUGGCGUCUAUUUCCUGGCAUCGUAUCAGUAUUCCCUGGACCCCAUCAUGGCGUUGGUUGGCCUCAGCGAGUAUACGCCGUUCAACUUCUCGCGAGUGCGCGAGCCUUACGUCCGCCAGCUCUUAGCCAAGCGUGCGGUCAUGGUUUUGGCCGUCACGGCUCUCAUUGAUGCCGCGCUUUGCGUUCUCUUCAUCCUCGUCCCGGGCAAGCGUCUCUGAGCGGUUGCCCCUUUCUCGAUUGCUGUGCUGGGUGUUGCACCGACCGACUUGCUUGCGAAGCCAUCUCUGGAAGAUGGUAGGGGCAGGUGGUGCACGCCACCGUUUACGACCGACAUGAGCGUUUUCAGAUUUCCCCUAUGCACCAAAUGCCAGGCGACGGGCGUCUGGCUGUUCCGUCUUUGAGCAUUUUCUUUGGUACUAAUUGGCUUGCAGCAUGAGGCUGUGUAAUUCGCAUUCGACGGAUAUCUGCGUGUCUGUCUCGGAGUCCAGGGUUGACCUUUCUCAACAAAUUCCCCAAAGUUCUCUUUGAUUGAUACGCGAGGGGCAAGCAUAGAAGAGUAGUGUAGUGACUAUUACACCACGUGAAUGGUCA